GCAACAUAUUACAAAGUUAUAUUAGUACCUACCUAUAUGUACAUGUAGAUAAAUGMAAGUUAACAAUGAAUACUUUSCUGAUAGGAUUAAUUUUGUCAUUUGUAUGUUAUUUAAACGGGCAUGAAGAAAAAAAACCCUAUUGGAACAAAGAAACUAUGGAUCUUGAAGCAUUGCCUUUAGAAAAACUGUUAGAAAUGAAAAAAGAACUUAGGAUAAAAGAUGAAAGUUCGAUACGACAAACGGACGAUGCGGAAGCGGCUACAGUAGUAGAGGACACGCCGAAUGCUAUGGCCUUGCGGAGGACCACUGAUGUUCUAUACUCGUCGACGGCGGCGGCGGGCAGUUCUAUGCAGACGGCCUUUCAGAUGUCCCUUACCGUCCUGUCGUUCCUGGCUUUCGGCGGCUACCUCAUCAGUCUGGUCGCGCAGAACAUGCGCAGAUCGACGCAGUCACUUGACGGUGCCACUGCGCCGCACCCGCUCAAGGCAGUGGUGGUAAACCGGAAUAAACGGCCGGGUCUAUUGAGCAGACCGUCCGGACCCACUACCACGGUCAGCUUUGGCCGACGAAAGCGGAGCCGGAGGUUACCGCGUACCACGUUUGUCUGUUCUGACUAGUGUUUGUUUAUAUUGAUUGGUUUUUUUUUUUUUAUUAUUAUUAUUUAUAAUAUACACAAUCUGUACA